AGUGACUGACACAGUGGACAGACUUUGGUCCUUCUUUGAUGAGCCGGGGAUGAGCUCUCUGCUGAUUUUGACGCGUUUUGGCGUAAAUACUGUUUUCAACGCUUUCUGAGCCAAACAGGACGCGAGUUUUACGAGCGGCAAGUCUCCUCUCCACUGAAAGCAAAGCACACAGUGGCACUCGGGAUACAGGCUGUGUGUAAGUGACUUUUUAUUAUUUGAUUUCGCAUCCAUUUCCUUUUCAAGAACAGCCGAAGCAAUGCCUGAGACGACGCAAGAGACUUCAGCCAAGGACUCGCCUUUCUUUAUAAAGAACCUGCUCAACUGUGACAGCAAACCGUCCAAACCUAAGCCGGUGUUGGCUGCCACGAAAACGGCUUUGGAGGGUGGUUUUACCCUGUCACAGGUCGGAGACUUCAGCUUCCCACGCUUCGAGUUGCCCGCUCAGAGGUUCAGUCUCCCGGCGCACUACCUGGAGCGCACCUCGGCAUGGUGGUACCCCUACACCUUGGGCACCGCAGCGCACCUGCAUCGAACUGAAGUGAGUGACAAACCCGUGGCCAGAGACUCGUCUCCGACCUCAGGCACAGACCGGGACUCUCCGGACCUCCUACUCAAAACCGAACCGGACUCCAAAGACGACGACGAUGAGGACGAGCACAACAACAGUAAGAGCGGAGACGAGAUCAUCCUGGAGGAAAGCGACGCGGAGGAGGCCCGCAAGGACGACACGGAGGACUGGAAGAAGCGCGACGACGACAAGAAGCCGUGCCGCAAAAAGAAGACUCGCACCGUGUUCUCCCGCAGCCAGGUGUUCCAGCUCGAGUCCACGUUUGACAUGAAGCGGUACCUGAGCAGCUCGGAGCGGGCAGGUCUGGCGGCGUCCCUCCACCUCACCGAGACGCAGGUCAAAAUCUGGUUUCAGAACCGGAGGAACAAGUGGAAGAGGCAGCUGGCGGCAGAGCUGGAGGCCGCGAACCUAAGCCACGCUGCGGCGCAGAGGAUUGUCCGGGUGCCCAUUCUUUACCACGAGAACUCUGCCACAGAAAGCACGAACGCCUCGGCCAGCGUGCCCGCCAGUCAGCCUCUGCUCACGUUCCCACACCCGGGCGUGUACUACUCACAUCCCAUAGUGACAUCCGUGCCGCUGCUCAGACCCGUGUGAAGAAGAAGACAAAAAACAAAAAAACAAAAAAAAAACAAACAAACAAAAAAAAAAGACUAUAUUUUUAUACUGACAAAAUAAAAGAAAAAAUGCAGGAUGCAGGCAACUAAUGUUCACUUGCCAGACUGAUUGGACUUGACAACUAAACGUGUCAUCGCCCAUUAUUAUUAUUAUUAUUAUUAUUAUUAUUAUUAUUAUUAUUAUUAUUAUUAUUAUUAUUAUUAUUAUUAUUAUUAUUAUUAUUAUUAGACCACCUCAGACCUCAGGAGUCCACUGCCUACACUGCCUGAUGACAUGGGGCCCACUCAUGUGUUUACACUCUCUACUGACCACUUUGAUUUUUCAAAAGUCCAUUUUAGUGCGUGCAAUACACUGUAAACUCAAACUAAAAUCAUCACGCGUGAGAUAAUGACGUUGAAGCAUUUUUGUGUCAUUUUAUUUUCGGAGACAAUCAAGACUGAAGUGUAAAAUAUCCGUAGCUUUAUGUUUAAGUCGUGAACUCUUUCAAAGCACAAGCGAGCGAUCCAAUGACUCUUCUUUGUGUGUUUUUUGUUUUGUUUUGUUUUGUUUGAGCAGAAAGCGGCUGGACCACAGCGGUGUACAAAUGUAAAUGUAUAUAUUUAAUGAGAGGCUGCACCUGCCGCUUCUCCUUUGUACAGUUAAGACACGUUUUGAUAUUGUAUUG